AUGUCUACCAAGACCAUCGCAGUCGUCGGCGCCACAGGCACCCAAGGAGGCUCAGUCGUGAGAGCAUUCAUCUCCCUACCCAACUGGCAUGUCAAAGCCCUCACCCGCAGCUCAACCUCCGCCAAAGCCCAAGCUCUCCAAAACCUCGGUGCCGAGGUCGUCGAAGCAGACAUGAACAACCCAGAGUCCCUCGUCAAAGCUUUCGAUGGUGCUCACGCUAUCUUUGUCAACACUGACUUCUGGGCUCCUUACAUGACUGCUCUCAGUCAAGGAAAAGACCAAGCUACGGCUCAAAAAAUCGGUUAUGAUACCGAGGAGCGGCAUGUCAAGAACGCUGCUUAUGCUGCUUCCAAGACAUCUACACUUGAGAAGUACAUCUACUCCGCUCUUGGCCCUAUGAAGGAUGUUUCCAAGGGAAAGUACUCUCACUGUCAUCAUUGGGAGACCAAAGCUGCGGCUGUCAAGUACAUUGAGAAUGAGGUGCCUGAACUGGCUAAGAAGACAUCUUAUGUAUACAUGGCUGCCUAUGCUACGAACGCUUUCUUGUACCCCAAGAAGGAUGCCGAGACUGGCGAGUAUAUCCUCGCAGUCCCUGCAUCCAAGAACCUCAGGCUCCCUGUCAUCGACAUCGAGGGCUCAGCUGGAUCGUUCGUCCGAGCCCUCGUUGAGGAUGAACCCGCUGGAACAAAGCUUCUCGCCUACGACAGCGACUUGAACAUCCUUGAGGCUAUGGACACCUGGAGCAGAGUCACAGGACAGAAGGCUGUCUUCCAGUCAAUGACCGAGGAAGAGAUGCACAAGAAGACUGGUCUGCCUUACGAGGUCCUUGACGGAGCAGCCUACCUCGAUGAGCAUGGAUAUGUGGAGGGCGUCGAAGGGGCUAUCACACCAGAGCAGUUGAGUAAGCCUGUCAAGACAGAUAGUUUCGAGGAAUACCUUCGCAAGCAGGACCCAAAGACCUUGCUGUCAUUUGAAUAUAGAAUGCCCGAGCCUCCGGCCGCGAAGUAA